GAUUUCGCGCGUGGAAUAAUGGCAGGAACAAAUCUUACGACUGACUGCGAUUUUUCAGCAGAACACCUGCGGCAAAAAUAAAUAAAAAUGAAAGAGAGAAAAAUCUCAACAAGGGUAAGAGCAACAGCAGCUUGCAAGUGAAACAUGUGGAAUCAAAUGUUCUUACAGCAUAAUGAAAAAGUGUACACAGCGCGUAUACUCAAUGUUUUCAUGUUUGCAUGAGUGGGUUGUGAACACGACCGCACCAUCCCCACCACUUACAUACAUACUUACGUACAUACACAAAAGUGUGGGCUGUCAUAAUUAUUCGUUUGAACAAAUCUAUCCUCUGGCGGAUCUUGAAUACUCUUGCGAGCAUUAAUCUGAUAUUAAAUCGGUAAACAAACUUCCAGUUAUGGCAGUUGAUUGUCAGUUGACAACGUUGUAUGUCAAACUUUGUGUGAGUCACGAAUAAAACGAAGUAGCUGCUGACUUGAUGUCUACAACUAACCCUUAAAGAAUUUUCAAUAAUUCACAUCUUCAAAAUGCCCAACUAUACAACGUUCAGAGCCUGGAGAGCUACUCGAUUCCUGACGGUGACAAUCCAUUGCCUGUUGACGAUCGCAUAUCUCUGGGCAUUGCUGCACGCAUCGGCAAUGGUGCCAGUUGUCAAUAAGCGAUCAGAUUGGUUCUUCUGGCAUCAGUUUUGGAUAAAAUACUCUUCGCUACUCCCCUACGAUGUGCCCACACAAUCGUAUGUGAUUUUGGUGAUGUGUCUGCUACUAUUUCGGAUCUAUCAAUGCAGUCGCUGCAACUUCUGCAGUCCAGUUAAUACAUUCGAUGCACGCUAUAAAUAUCGGAUACCAUUCAAUAGCUUCCUGGUACUGUUCUUUGGUCCAUACCUGCUGCUCUUCAUCGUGUGCUGGCUUAGCAGCUGUCUUUCGAUCGUCAAUAAUCUGACGAACAUGGAUAUGGCUAUAUUGACGGAAGUGAAACAUUUGAUCUACUGCAAGUUGGUAAUGGCGUUGUUGUUUAAGCUGCUUGUUGUGGCCAAUGCACUUAAUCGAUGUAUUCACUGUUGCAUCAUUAUCAGGCUGUUCUCCGAGGAGAAGCACAAAGAGUUGCGCAAUCCUCACAAUCUUGGCGAUUAUAUUAUUUUAUUUUUUUAUAACUAAUAUGCAAAUGAAAACCAUUACAUCUACA